AUGUGUCUUCUUCCUGAUAAAUCUAUAUAGCUUAUGCACCUUAAUAGAUCUCUAUGCCCCAGCAGAAUACCGGCUAGAAAAAAUAUGAUGCAGGCCCUGCCUUAUACAGUAUAAGUCUGAUUAGGUACCUUAAAACCAUAAAUGGAGAUUAUUCAAUUUCAUUUUUACUUUUCAAAAAAGCUGACAAGUGCAAAUUAAUUUUGGAAAUUAAAACGGAUGGUUAAUAAUGAUCUAUGACAUUUCAGGGGCUAUAUUUUGCUAUGGCAAUUAUCCUGGAGAAGGAACAGCAUUUAUAUUGUAUCCAAAUAGCACUAUUAAACAGCUUUCAGAUGGAAAUCCGUCAGGAGGUAUGGGUACUGUGUAUCAUGAUGGCUUUAUUUAUUUAUUUGGAGGAUGAAAUGCUUAUGGUAAUCCAUGGAAUCAAGCAACAAAAUAUGAGCUAUCAACUGAUAACUAG